AUGUUCGCAAAUCGAUUGGUAGCCCCAUCGGAAGCCGCGAGUUCAUGUGCCCCACCUGCAGUCCGCGUGGUUAUUCUUCCAGUAAAUCGCAGCUCCCCGUUGCACGUAUACCUGCUGCGAGCGUUGCCGCCGGCCGACACCGCAGACCUCGCAGCUUCCCACGAUGCCGUUAUCCGACGUUGCCUCGCUCAGAUGCUGGCGGGUGGCGAUGGCGACAUGCCGGUCUCGGAGCUCAGCCGAGCCCAACUCCCCUUGAGCUGGGAGGGCUGGGACAGGGCUCCGCCAAGCAGCAACAUCACGCUGCCUACUGGAGCUUUUGGGCGGACACCGUCCGAGCGCUGCGGCAACACCUACAGUUCUGGCCGCCCUUCUCCGGCCGCUGCCCAGCGGAACCCGCCAGCACGCGAGCAGCGGAACUGCCCGCUUCCUACGCUCAGAAGGCUUCCCUGCGCCAACCUGGGCGAAAGGGGCGGCGAACGGUGCAAGCGCCGUCCAGCGGUGCAUCAUGGCUCGUUGCGCCCCGGCCGCACACCACGGCGCUCUUUGGCGGGCCCGCGCAUUGGCGAGGAGUGGCAGGAAGGUGAGUGUGGUCCCGCUGAUGCGUCCCCCGACCUCGAUGCCGAAGACGGCCAGCGGGCAGCACCGGUCCCUCCGGGUGGGUUGCUUGAAACAGUGUCAUCAACAAGUCAUUUGAGCAUUGUUCGGGCAGAGCAAACCACGGCAUUCUCGAUUGGUGAAACCUUUGUCGAUGUGCUAGUGCGGCCAAGAGGUUUCAGUACAAGCUCUUGCUGUGAACGAUUGAACGCUGUGAAGCUUUAUCUCCGUGACUAUUGGGUCCAAAGUUGCAGUUCAUGCGCCGGUCGCCGGUAG